GAGAGAGAGAGAGAGAAAGAGAGGGCUCCUGCCGCCGUUCCCGCCGCCAUGGCCCAGAAGCAGAUCUACUAUUCCGAUAAAUACUUCGACGAGCAGUACGAGUAUCGGCACGUGAUGCUGCCACCAGAGCUUUCCGAACAAGUGCCAAAAUCUCAUCUGAUGUCUGAAGAAGAGUGGAGGCGUCUUGGUGUUCAGCAGAGUCUUGGCUGGGUUCACUAUAUGAUCCAUGCACCAGAACCUCAUAUUCUGCUCUUCAGGAGACCUCUUACAAAGGAGAAGCAGAAAUGAGCCAUCGCCUCUUCAAUCUUCUGGAACUAUGUAUAUGAGUGUAUAUAUGUUGGUAGUAUUCAGUGAAUACUUUAAAUUUACGAAACAUACAUCCAAACCUGUGCAUGAGCUGUAUUAUUCACAGCAAGAAAGCUCAGUCAAGUGAAAUUUCAAGUAGGCUGCUAUAAUGUUCAGAGUGAAUGACUUUAUCUUUACUGUCAAUGUAAGUGCCUCUCCAAACUGAAUUGCUUCAUGUUUGUGUUGCACAUUCUGGUGGUUAGAUGUUCACUUGUUAUCUGUGUUCCGUGAUUUUUGCACUCUUUGUUUCUGCUGUAGUGUAGUAUAUUCAAAUUCAAUAGUUCUGUUUAGUAGCAAGUAGGCUUAAGAAAUAAACUCAUUUUAAUGCCUCA